UCGUUGCUCCCGAGUCAUAUUAAAGAUGUUUCAAAAUGAACGUAUUGUUCAUAAACGACACAUCACUAUCGCGUCUCAUACUUGCAUCCUUCUCUCGCAUCCUAAGUGAGUAGAGCAAAGAUGCAAGGAAAGGAAGCGAGGAAAGGAAACGUGGACGCACAAAUAAGAAAUGAGUAGCACCCACAACCUUUAUAUAGUACACUCCUUCCCGCCAUGUUGAAACGUGAUAUUAGUGACCGCAGACAGGCGGCGCUAGUGAGUAAAAACGCCCCGAAAGCAUGACGUGUACAAACACACUGGAACAGGUGUACAGAGGUCUUAUGACUGUUUGCUGUAACAGAGGGAGCAGCCAUGAAAAGGAACAAGCAAUGGGAUGUCAGAGGAGCAGUAGGCUUUGCAGCUUUCUUCCAUUUCCUCUAUUCCUGUGCCAGAGGCUGCCUUUUGCCCUUCCUCACCAUUUACUUUCGGCACCUUGGCCUCACUGCUGUCAUGACAGGCACCAUCAUGGCUGUUAAACACGUAGUUGCACUGGUGUGGACACCUCUCUCCUGCAUCCUGGCCAGGCGUCAUAAUAAACGGCGCAUGGUCAUAACAGGGUCUCUCAUUUGCUCAGCAGCAGUUGCAUUAGUGCUUCUGCUCUUCCCACCCACAGGAAAGAGCACAGAGAGCCGAAGUUGUAAUAUUAGUCAGCUGAAUGCAGUACAUGAGCUUAGCUCAACUACUCUGAAACCCAAGACAACGCUACAAAAAUUCUCUACACCUGUUUUGUUCUCAACAGAACACAAGAUGACGCCUACUGAAGAGUACAAUAACACUGAAUACAUACCUACAACGCCAGUCAGAAUCUCAGAAUUACAUAACAACCAGAGUACCACUGUGAAUACAGCAAACAAUCAAAGUGACUGGAAAGAAUCUUUGGAAAUAAAAACUUUUCAGAUGCCUUCACCAGAUAACAGGAGCAGAUCUUUAACCAAGCGUGAACAAAAGCAGCAGGAGAUCAACAAGAUGCAAUAUGAAUUCCUUGGGAGCUUGAAAGUCAUGGACACACAACAUCAAAUGUUUUUCUUGGUCAUGAUCAUCAUAAUCCUAUGGGAGAUUCUGGCUGCUCCAUUGACAUGGACAGCUGAUGAUGGGCUCCAUGAGUACCUUGAUUUUGUGGAUGCCACCGAACGUCACAGGGCUGUUAAACCAUGGAGAUUGUUAGGGACUGCUGGUGGUAUGGGAUGCUCUGGUAUUCUAGUAAGCCUCCUUUACUGUUUAAUUGGAACAGUGUUGCAUUUUUACACCUACUCUCUGCUCAUGGUUCUAGCAAUGCCUCUUGCUGCUUUGUUACCACUUUACCGGCACAAACGUGAACAUGUUCCUGGGGCUGGCUUGAAGGCACUGCACCUAGUACGAGGAGACUCGCAGGCACUGCUCUGUGCCGUCACUGCUGUCCUUGCUGGCAUGGCAGGCUCUGCUGUAUCUGAUUUCCUUCUGUGGCAGAUGCAAGAUCACAAUGCUACAGAGCUUCAAAUGGGUAUUACUUUGGCUGUUGUGCCUCUGUGCCAGGCUGCCUUUGCCCCAUUGAAUGAAUGUUUAACUCGUCUUCUGAAAUCCCAUGGCCGGUUACUACCUCUUGGUAUCAUGGGUCUGUCUCUGCAGUGCCUUUCCUAUUCUUUCAUGUGGACUCCAUGGACAGUACUUCCUUCUCAGGUUCUGUCUGGAAUCAGCAUUGGUGCCCUCUGGUGGUCAUUAGAGGCUCAAUCUGUGGACAUAGCCUCUCCAGGGACAGAGCUGGCAGUGAAGCGAGUGUUUGAAGCCCUUUAUCAAGAUCUUGGUGCUGGACUAGGCAGUGUAGCAGGUGGGUUUGUGGUACAGAAGUUUGGGAUUAAGAUCCUCUUCCAGGGUACAGCAGCAAUGCUCGGAGUGUGGUGCAUUUCUUUAGCCGUGCUGCAGUGGAGAAUCCCUCGCCAACGCAGGAUAAAUUACUCACGCCUGCUGGCGGCUGACGCCAGUGAAAUGAGCGAGUCGGAGUCUGAGCAGGACAAUGACUGGUUGGAGAAAGCCAUGGAGGAGGACAAGGGGAACAAUAAUUGGAGGAGGCUGGAUUAAUCAGGAUGAUAAACAUUCUUCCACAAAGAUAUGAUGCCAGAAAACCAGCUGAGUGACUGUUAAAGUCAAAGACAUUGCAAUGUGGAGGGUUUAAAAGUCAGUAUGUUGAAAUGUUAUACUUUGUUCCAGAUUGGCCUUAAUGGCUUUAAGAACAUUACAGAAGGUCAUUAAAUCACAGUUGCUUUGCUUCUAUUGCUCAGCCUGUCACAGCUGGAUGCUGCAUGAGCUGCAAUUUGUUUCAGCUGCCAUAAAGCCAAUAUGAUUGUCCUAAAUUACAUAUUGUUAAGUAUGCUAAUCUUAUAAAGAAAAGUAAAGCUUAUAUAACUGUUUCUUGUUUAUUGCCUCUUUAAAGCUCAGAAAUGCCUGGAACCAUAUUACAUUUAAAAAGCAAUGAAAUACAGUUUGUUUUUAUGGCUUUCUUAAACUAAUUAUAUAUAUCACCACCACAGAGCAUCAGACGAGAUAUACAAUUAUGCCACAGCACUGUUAAAUUUUUGCUUUUGAUUCAUCCGAAGGUGUUCAUUAAAUUUUGAUUAUCUAUAGCUCG